GACGGUGCGCGCUUACACAAUGACAGUUUCCGUCAGUUUGACUUGCAAAUCGUAACCGCGUUGAGCGAGCGUUUUUUUUCAAUUUCAGUUGGAGUGUCAAUUUCAUAAUUUAAAUCUAGCGAUCCAUAUUGAUUACAAUAUCAGAUAAAGAAAGGUAUUUUUGAGAUUGGUACAAGUUGUACUCGCUUUACUUAAACUCCGAACUUCCAGCUCGAGGCCCAGCAGAGAGCUCGAGUAGCAGCUGAAAAGUUUGUUGUUGUCACGUGAUGUGAGACGAAUGUGGCGAUAAAAGUUUUCUUAGAUAGUAAAAGGCGGUGGCGUACUUUAAUAUCAAAACAUUUGGAACAAAACAUUUACCAAAAUGCCCCAACCGAAACAUCGAAAGAUUGCUGUUAUAGGUUACAGAUCUGUAGGAAAGUCAUCUCUUACAAUACAGUUUGUGGAAGGACAGUUUGUGGACUCCUAUGACCCCACCAUUGAAAACACUUUUAACAAACUAGUCAGCGUGAAUGGUCAAGACUUCAAUCUUCAACUGGUUGAUACAGCUGGACAAGAUGAGUACUCAAUUUUUCACCAGUCCCACUCAAUGGACAUCCAUGGUUAUGUCCUUGUCUAUUCAGUGACUUCCAGUAAAAGUUUUGAAGUUGUGCAGGUUCUACAUGACAAGCUGCUAGACAUGGUUGGAAAGAUUCAGGUGCCAACUGUUCUUGUAGGGAACAAAAAAGAUCUUCACAUGGAAAGGGUCAUCAAGGCAGAAGAGGGAAAGAUCCUUGCUGAUUCCUGGGGUGCUGCAUUUAUGGAGUCCUCAGCCAAAGAGAAUGAGACAGCUGUGGAGGUUUUCAAGCGGAUAAUUUUGGAGAUGGAGAAAGCAGAUGGAAAUGGACCCCCGGAGGAGAAGAAGUGUGCUGUGAUGUGAACGUGUAUCCAGGACAUCAGAAAGCUAAAUUGCUGAAGACAAGAGCCAAAACUUCACCAGCUCCCCAAUCGAGAUCUCACAGACACCAUAAAAGCCCCAGUAGAAGUUUUCUGCUCAAAUGUGAUAUCUUAUUCAUUUUCAUAGCAAUUCAACUGCCCCAGUUAAUUGCCAUUAAUUGUAAGAGCACAGUUGGUGAAUUCUUUAUAAUAUUGAAACAUUAUCUAUAACUUGGCUAAAUCUCGACUUUUGAACCAACUGCUACGAAAACGUGAUACUGUCGAACAUAUUGGUCCCAACAAUUUUUUUUGAACAUUUAUAAGUAACUUUUUUAAUCUGAUGUUGGAGACAUGGCUUAACUCAUCUCUGAGUAGUUUAGUUAAUGUACAUGCAGGGCUGGUUAACCUUAUUUAGGACUGGUAUUAUUUCAACAGUGAUGGAGAGUCAAAAUUCACAUUGCUUUAAAUGUGGUGUUAAAAUGUCAGUACCCCUCACAAAACGGCGGAUUUCUUUAAACAACCGUGAAUACGAUUUCACUCAAGAAAUGUCUCUGUUUCCAUAGUUUUUCUCUGUAAUUCUGAUCAACUCUUCGGGUAACUUUCACCAAUGAACUUUCAAACUGCGUCUUUGCAACGUAGGAAUCUGUUUGUAAAUUCAACUCACAUUUUCUGCUCUUCUGCUAAGCAGAUUUAGCAAAUCCUCAGUUUAUACAGUUUAAUGCCUCCUUAUUGACUGUAAUAAAGAUGUUAUCUUAUGGACAGACCUCAGAGGAAUUUAGUAUAGCUUGAAAUAGAUCUUUGAUAUUUACCACAUAUGGCCUUUUUAUACAAUUAAAUUUAGAAUCUUAGAGAAUGGUUUGAUACUGUUAUAUUUUGCGCGGUGCGAGUGCGCUGCCGUCAAUAUCCUUAUUAUAUUCCUAAAAAUGCAAUAUGAUUAUGAACAUUGAGUUGCAAUUUUGUGAUUGCAUUUUAACACUUCACCAAGACCAUUGGCUGGAGGAUUCAGAGUUAGCUUAGUAAUCAUUUUGAUGUGAUGGUUUAUGCAGGCUUGCUAUAACCAAGCCAGAAUGGCAUGCAGUCCAUUAAAUUCAUAUGGUGGACUAGCAUGCACACUGUCAGAAGCUAAAGAUCCUUAAUGUCUUGUUUUCCCUAGAUCCUGUACACUCACAAAUACGUGACACAAUGUGGAUUUCCCCUCAUAAUCCUCAUGUUUUGCUUGUGGGUAAUAACUUUUUUUCACAUGCUUGGCUAAGUAAGUAGUUGAUUGCCUGUUGCCUUACAGUUCCUCAAACUCCAUCUGCUGCCCUCCAUGACUGAAGGUGCUCUUAAAGUUUUUUUUCCCCCUGUUUCUUUUCUUCUCUUCUGUUGAUUUGAUACCGUUGUGCAGGUGUGCACCUGAACACCAAUAUGCUCCUGUGGGUCAAUGUUAAUUCACAGAUCUUGCUGUAAACAGUUUUGUAUAUAAAUAAAUCUGUUACUCAUUA